AUGCAACCACCUGCCUCUGAGGUCGGACAGCCACCUCUACCUUCUGCAGAUUGGUCUCCUUACGACCCUUCUAUGAACCAUGCCUCCGCGUCUCUUGAGUCCAACUGGACUAUGCAGACACAACCACCUGCAUCUGCGGUCGGACAGCGACCUGUACACUCCGCGGGUUUGUCUCCUUAUGACCCUUCAAUGAGCCAUGCCUUCGCGUCUCUUGACCCCAACUGGACUACGCAUACCACCAUGGUACACUCCCCAGUGGACAAUCAGGGUAACAUGCAGUCUUCCUCGACCGGGCAGUACAGAGCCACUGAGGUUGGAACGGAAGACCACCUCGACCCCGGUCAAACCACAAUCCGGAUCCAGUCCUCGACACCGAGUCCCUCCACCCAGGAAACAUCUCCACCAAACCAGCACGAUAUUGAAGUUGCUGGCGUGGAAGCAACCUCUGUUCAUCAUGAACCCCAGGAACGAGAGUGA